AGUCGGUCACGACUGGACCUAAUGGUCAGGGGUCCCUUUACCUUUACCUAUUGCUGGUGCAAAUAAGCCUUUUCAGGGACUGUUUGAAACAAGGGGGGGGGGGACCUGGUUUUUCCACUAACUUUGUUACUGUUGUCAAAUAUAGUAAAAGUAAUCUUUCAGGUUACCAUAGUUCAUUAAUUUAUAAUUAGUUUUAUCGUCUCCAUUUUCUCCAAGGAGCAUGAAAUUUUUAAGUUUGUCACUUUGCUUAUUUGUUAGUAUUCAAAUGUUUAAUAAAUGCUAUCUUUAAAAAUUAACUACUAGUAAGUAGUAAGGAAAAAUUAACAAGAUGCAAACAUUCAUUAGAGAGCAUUUGAAUCUUAGGGCAACAAAAUAAGAUAUUUUUAAACAUGAAUGUGGUGUAUUACAUCUAUGCCAAUCCCACUAAUGCUAUUAUUUUGCUUACUUUAGAAUGGCGGGUAGUGGGAACAUGUAGAAGAUCAUUGUAGCAUUCCUGUAGCUACCAGUUUGUCCCAUUCUACAUUUUUCUGUAGCGGGUUGUUGAAUAAUAUAAUAAAUCUAAAGUGCUCACAAAACAAAUUACAAAUUCAAUUUGAAAUUAAAGUAAAAGUUUUUAAACAUUGCUAGUUUUGAAGAACUGGAGUACUACUUUAUUCAUAUUCUUGGCAAGGUAUCAGUUACAUUAUAAGGAUAUUUGUUAUAUUAUGUUAUAGAAAAUAAUUUUGUUGUAGAUUUUAAGAAAUAUAUAUUUAGUUUAAAAAGUUAUACAUUGUUUCAUUACAUCUCCAAUAAUUCUGUAGAUCAGACAUUGGCCUGGUUCACAUGGGUGGCAUGGCAGCUGGUUCACAUCCAGCUUUCUCACCAACCAGAGGAUAAUGAGCAAAAGUUAUCACCAUAUACUGAAAAAUCUAAGGGGUCUUUCUUGGUAUCAGAAUGGACGAAGACGCUGAGGGUAGCUGUUAUAACCAAGCUGACUGGUCUAAUACAUAAGCAAGAAGGAAUAACAACUUGGUGCUUUAUGAUUAUUACUGAAUUAAGAUAUUAAUGAUCUUCUGCGGAGAAUACAUUUUGAAGGCUCUUCCCAAGUUGCUCCUUCUGGAACCUGUCAUUUAGAACAUUGCCAUUUAUCAUCCAGAAAAGUAUAAACGUGCAGACGUACAAAUGUCUACCACAAGACUAAAGUGUGAUAUGUUAUGUUCUUUACCAUAAGCACCCAUAAAAUGAGCUCCAUUGCAGACAGAGAUGAUGGUAGCAUUUUUGAUGGUCUCGUGGAAGAAGAUGACAAGGAUAAAGCGAAGAGGGUGUCAAGAAACAAGUCUGAAAAGAAACGCAGAGAUCAGUUUAAUGUACUCAUCAAAGAACUGGGAUCCAUGCUUCCGGGCAAUGCUCGGAAGAUGGACAAAUCUACUGUACUGCAGAAGAGCAUUGAUUUCUUACAGAAGCACAAAGAGAUCACUGCCCAAUCAGAUGCCAGUGAAAUCCGACAGGACUGGAAACCCACAUUCCUUAGUAAUGAAGAAUUCACUCAGUUAAUGUUAGAGGCUCUUGAUGGUUUUUUCUUAGCAAUCAUGACAGAUGGAAGUAUAAUAUAUGUAUCAGAAAGUGUAACCCCCUUACUUGAACACUUGCCAUCUGACCUUGUGGAUCAGAGUAUAUUUAAUUUUGUCCCGGAGGGGGAGCAUUCAGAGGUUUAUAAAAUACUGUCUACUCAUCUGUUGGAAAGUGAUUCGUUGACCCCAGAAUAUUUAAAAUCAAAAAACCAACUAGAGUUCUGUUGCCAUAUGCUCCGAGGGACAAUAGACCCCAAAGAGCCACCUACAUAUGAAUAUGUAAAAUUUAUAGGAAACUUCAAAUCAUUGAGUAACAUGUCUAACUCUGCGCAUAAUGGUUAUGAAGGAACCAUUCAGCGAUCGCAUAGGCCUUCCUAUGAAGACAGAGUUUGUUUUGUAGCUACAGUCAGGUUAGCUACACCUCAGUUUAUCAAGGAAAUGAGCACUGUUGAAGAACCCAAUGAAGAGUUCACCUCUAGACAUAGCUUAGAAUGGAAGUUCCUUUUCUUGGAUCACAGGGCACCGCCAAUAAUAGGUUAUUUACCAUUUGAAGUGUUGGGGACAUCAGGCUAUGAUUAUUAUCAUGUUGAUGACCUAGAAAACCUGGCAAAAUGUCAUGAACACUUAAUGCAAUAUGGAAAAGGGAAAUCCUGCUAUUACAGAUUCCUCACAAAGGGUCAACAGUGGAUUUGGUUGCAGACUCAUUACUAUAUCACUUACCAUCAGUGGAAUUCUAGACCAGAGUUCAUCGUAUGUACACACACAGUAGUAAGUUAUGCAGAGGUUCGAGCAGAAAGGCGGCGUGAACUUGGUAUUGAAGAGUCUCUACCAGAAAUAGCUGCAGAUAAAAGUCAAGACUCUGGUUCUGAGAAUCAUAUAAGCACAGUAAGCCUCAAAGAAGCUUUGGAGAGAUUUGAUCACAGCCCUACACCUUCUUCUGCCUCCAGGAGUUCAAGGAAAUCUUCUCACACUGCAGUUUCAGACCCUUCUUCAACGCCAACAAAGAUGACAAUGGAUACUAGCACUCCUCCAAGGCAAAAUUUAUCCACUCUUGAAAAGUCUGCACAAAGGAGGGCAUCGCUUGGUAAUCAGUCUUUAAAUUCGCAAUCUAUUGGACAACCUUUAGCGCAGCCAAUGAUGUCCCAGCCUGCAUCUUUACAGAUUCAGCAAGGCAUGUCUCAGCCUAUGCUUCAGUUUUCUGCUCAGUUAGGAGCUAUGCAGCACUUAAAGGACCAAUUGGAGCAAAGAACACGAAUGAUAGAAGCAAACAUUCAUCGGCAACAAGAAGAACUGCGUAAGAUUCAGGAACAACUCCAAAUGGUCCAUGGGCAAGGACUUCAGAUGUUCUUGCAGCAGUCAACUCCUGGAUUAAACUUUGGUUCUGUUCAGCUGACUCCUGGAAACCCAUCAAAUAUUCAGCAGAUUACACCAAUAAAUAUGCAAGGUCAAGUUGUUCAAACUAAUCAAAUCCAAGGUGGCAUGAACACUGGGCAUAUUGGUGCUCAACACAUGAUACAGCAACAGCCUUUGCAAAGUACUACCCAACAGCAUAAUCAACAAAAUAUUCUCAGUGGGCACAGUCAGCAGACUUCUCUUUCUACGCCAUCUCAGAGCACACUGUCAGCCCCCUUGUAUAACACUAUGGUGAUUUCCCAGCCGGCUACAGGGAACAUGGUCCAGAUCCCUUCUAAUUUGCCACCAAGUAAUAACCAGAAUGCUGCUAUUACCACAUUUACCCAAGACAGACAAAUCAGAUUUCCCCAAGGACAGCAGCUUGUAACAAAGCUAGUCACUGCCCCUGUAGCUUGCGGAGCAGUUAUGGUACCAAGUACUAUGUUUAUGGGACAGGUGGUGACUGCUUAUCCCACUUUUGCUGCACAACAGCAGCAGCCACAGACGUUGUCAAUAACACAGCAGCAGCAGGAGCAGCAGCAACAACAGCAGCAGCAGCAACAACAGCAGCAGCAGCAGCAGCAACAACAGCAACAACAGCAGCAGCAGCAGCAGCAGCAACAGCAGCAUCAACAACAACAACAGCAACAGCAGCAGCAGCUCAAUGCAGUUCAGCAACCUGCUCAAACUCCGCUGACCCAGCACCCACAACAGUUCUUGCAGACCUCCAGGUUGCUUCAUGGAAAUCAGUCAACUCAGCUUAUUCUCUCUGCUGCUUUUCCACUACAACAAAGCACUUUUACCCAGUCACACCACCAGCAGCAUCAGUCGCAACAGCAGCAGCAGCAGCAGCACCAACAGCAACAAAUUUCACGACACAGAACUGACAGCAUGACAGAGGUUUCCAAAAUUCAGCCGCGGUAGCAUGGAGGCUCUUGCUUCCAGGAGCAAUGCCCUGGUGUUAGAGAAAGAAGCCUACAGACUUUGUGAAGUGCAGUAUUGAAUAUUCUUCUAACCGCUUGGAAUGUGUGUGCUGAGGAAAACAAAGCAAACUGCUGUUGGAGGUAUAUUAGGUAUAAAUCUGCAAAAAAGAUGACUGGGACAGGGACAUGGCUACCUUUGAGAGGAACCUAGUUACUCUGGUUUCUGUGUUUUGUUUUUCCUUCAAAGGCAUGCACUGCCAUCAGUUAACUUGUCCAGAUCAAGUCUCAAAAUGUUCAGUGGACUAAAUAGGGCACUUAAAUAUCUUGAUGUUUUUAGCAAUUUUCUCAGAUUAAGUGUUACAAUGGACAUGCUGUCAUGACAGCAGUUGGGUUUUGUUUUUUUAAAAAAAUUGUUUGCCUGCAAUUAUGCUCCAAAAGGAAGUUAAUUUUUUCACAUUUUGGGACAGCAAAUAUUUUCAAAAUAUUGUGUGGAAUCAGUCUUCAUUGUACAGAUACUGUAAAAUACUAUGUAUAUGUCUGGAUAAAAGGUGAGAGAGCAGAAUAUUUUAUAUGAUGCAUGAAACUGUUUUGAAUAUGUUUCCCCCCUACAUUUUCACACAAUGCUCAGAUUACUAUUUUCAUCCGUUUAUACUUGUUUGUCUUCUACAUCAUGCUCCAUCAUUUAUUCUCACCUGUAUUGUGGGCACAAGUCUUCUGUUUGUGCUUUAUGUGUGAUUGUCGGAGUUAGUUCAAUGAGGUAAUAUAGUGUGCUGGUUUGUGGAAGUUUUGCAGUUAAAUUAUUGAUGAAACUCUUUGAACUUGUGGGGGGGGGUUCAAGGCAUUAAGAUUCAUAUAUAUCAUUUGUCAUUUCAUAAAUACUCAAAUUUUUUUCUUUGGGAAAAAAAUAGGAAUUUGCACUGCUCUAUUGUGGAUGGUUUGGAAUUUUACUCCCCCAAAGCUAUCUUUUGAUAUAAUACAUAGUUGGAAAUAUUUAUGUAAAAAAAAAUAAGGUUUAAAAAUAUGAAAGUAAUUUUCAAGAAUGUCUCAAAUAUAGGAGUAAUUUGCACAGAAAAAUAUAUUUGAAUUUAAUAAUUGUAGGCACUUUUUAACCUCUGUGGUGAGAAAUACAACUUCUCAGAAUUUGUUGGAAUCUUUUUAUUCUUCUUUGAACAUUUUGACCUUCAUUUAAUCAGAAAUGAUUCAGGGUCAUUUGAAAAAACAAAAACAAAAAAACCCCAUAGUGCCUUGAUUUUGAUUCAGGUGAUAGUGUUAAACAUCUCUAAUUACAUUAUAUGGAAUUUGUGACCAUUUUUGAAGUCUUAGUACAUGGUUAACAAAGCAUCCUUCAUAGCUGUUUCUCCACUGUAUUUGUAUAUAUAUAUAGAGAGAGAGAGAAUAAUACAAAUUGGGGUAUGAAGUUCUGAAUUUUUGGCACACCCCUUUUUAACCAUACAUCAUGUAAUGACUUACUUUUGAAGUAUUCGUUUACCAAGAAAUUAAGUUCUUUUAAAUAA